CCAGUAUUCCUUAUUAAUUUACUCUUCAAAAAUUACUUCAAUAUGGCUGGAAUGAUCUGCCCUGCUCCUGUGGAAAUCACCUACAGGAAUAUGAGAUUUCUUAUCGCACACAAUCCAACCAAUGCCUCCUUAAACAAAUUCUUACAGGAGCUUAAGAAGAAUGGAGUUACCACCAUAGUAAGAGUGUGUGAAGCCACUUACAACACUGCUAUUCUGGAGAAAGAAGGCAUCCAGGUUCUGGACUGGCCUUUUGAUGAUGGUACACCUCCUUCCAGCCAGAUAGUUGAAAAAUGGUUAAAUCUUGUCAAAAUGAAAUUUCGUGAAAAUCCUGGUUGCUGUAUUGCGGUUCACUGUGUUUGCGGUCUUGGGAGAGGUCCAGUGCUGGUUGCCCUAGCGUUAAUUGAAGGUGGAAUGAAAUAUGAAGAUGCAGUACAAUUCAUAAGACAGAAGCGACGUGGAGCUUUUAACAGCAAGCAGCUUCUGUAUCUGGAGAAUUAUCGUCCUAAAAUGUGUCUGCGCUUCAGAAACACCCGGAACAACUGUUUCCUUCAGUAGAAGAGAGGUGCCUGAUGCUACAGCCUCAGAAGUGAAAGUUGACGCACAACCUGUUUAUUGGACAUGUUAGCCAGUAUGGAGGCUUGGUGAAUACUAAGUCUAAUGAAGCUUCCAUAGCAGCAUUGCAAAGCAGUUUUAGCAGGCCCCAAGCUUGCCAGAAUUUGAGUUUCUGUGUUUGAUAUUAUUUUGUCACUAAGUAAAAGAUUCUAGCUUUUCAGUAUUACAAACUAAAAAAAAGGUGUUUUUUAUUUGUACCAAUGUUGUCUUACUAAUAUAUAAGAACUUUGUAGAAAUAGAGUGUCAAAAUACCCAGUUCAAUGCUAGUAUACUUUUAGUAUUAUACAGACCUUAGGUGGUUUAUUUCUUCAGUCAUUUCAGACAUUGAAGGUAGGGCCUGAUUUGAACACCUGUUCACUUUAUGUUUCUAUUCCCCGCAUGCAAGCUAGUAUAUGGCAGGAUUUGCAUAGCUAAUUGAUUUUGCUAUAAUUGAAAAGUCUUAGGUGAUAUUCAAUUUGUUUCUAUGAAUUUCAUUUCUGUGCUGUUAUUAAAAUUUCCAUUUUGAAGACUUGCAACCGUCUGGUUGAUAGCUGGAUCUACGUUGUACAAAAGUACCUGUCUUUAAUGUCUUCAGACAAAAAGGCAUUACAGUUAAAGUUUGUACUUUGGGGUGCAACUUAACAGAGAACACCAGAGAAACAAAUGAGAGGAGGUUAUUGAAUAUUUCUAUGAAGACAUUGCCUCUGUCUUAUGUGAAAUAUAUGGUAAAUACUACAGUAAAUGUUUUUUUUUUUGAACUUAGUAAAUGUGUUUAAAAGGUAGGCAUGCUUUCUUAUUAUAGCCAAAAUAAUUCUUAACAGUAAUUUUUAUGAAAAUAUUGUAAUCUUUUUUCUAUACCUUUUAGAAGUUGUUUACCGACUAUUAUUUCUAUUGAAACUGAGUUAACAUUUACUUAGUUAAG